ACGGGGCCAUUGGAUGGCUGAGUUUCGGUUGUCAGACAGAUCAUCAAACUGUCAGUCAAAGUGAUUGAUUAAGGGCAAUUCCGGGGCGACCUAUACGGACUAAAUGUGCCAGAAUUUGACAUUUAACCGUCAAGAAGUAAUCUCACAGCUAGUAGCAACACGGAUACUUUGGAAGCUAGCAGCAGUCCACACUCAACAGCGCAUAGAGCAUCAACAAGUGGCAAGAAGGACACCAGGACCUCCUCUUCUUUUUCUUCUUCUGUUUUCCAUCUUUCCUUGGAGACAUGGAUCUAUGCCUGGACCCGCUGCGGAUUUGCCGGGGCUGGCGGCUUUUCCUCGUCCUCCUACUCCUCAGCCUCCUCUUUCGGGACCACCUGAGCUCCAUGCUGGACUGCCCUCCGACGUGCAGCUGCUCGCCCACCGAGAUCUAUUGCAAUAAGUCGGACAGCGGCAGCUUCUUCCCGCUUUUGGCGGUGCAGGAUGGAGCCGGAGGCAACGGCAGCGGCGCCGUGGACAUAGCCGACUUGUUCAAAAACAUCACGUCCAUACACAUCGAGAACUGGACAGGAUUGCAGACGCUACGGGAUGUGGACAUGGAGCUCUACACUGGACUACAAAGACUAACCAUCAUGAAUUGCAACCUUAAGGUGAUCCAGCCCCGAGCCUUCGCUCAGAAUCCACACCUACGCUACAUAAACCUGUCAAAGAAUCCUCUCAGCACUCUGUCAUGGCAACUCUUCAAGCACCUUCAACUCAUCGAGCUGCGACUGGACGACGUGAUGUUCGAGUGUAGCUGCAAAAUUCGUUGGAUCCAGCUGUGGCAGGAGCGAGGCGAGGCCAACCUUCACACGCAACAGCUAUACUGCAGGAUCGGAGCCUCCCAGAUGACACUGCAACACAUGUACAUAGAGAAUUGUGACUUGCCAGAGAUCAGCGUGAGCCACAGCAGCGUGUUAGUGAUGGAAGGCGACAAUGUGACAGUGAGCUGUAAUGGAUCCGGAACACCCGUGCCUGAAGUGGACUGGACUGUCAACGGCCUUCACUCCAUCAACACACACCUGUCCAAUCUGUACUGGCCAGACAUCCACUCUCUCAACCUGACACUGUUCAACAUCAGCCGCGAUGACAACAAUUUCCAGCUGACGUGCAUCGCCGAGAACGUAGUGGGCAUGACCAACUCGUCCAUCCAGCUCAACGUGCAGUUUCCCCCAGUAAUCCUCGUCCUGGCCGAACCCGAGCAACGGCACGAUACUUGCAUCGAGUUCACAGUCCGAGGAUACCCGCACCCAAAGCUGCGCUGGUUCCACAAGAACAAGGAGAUUUUACACAACAAGUACAUCCGUACUGAGAUGGACUUCUACCAGGAUUACCUGGAGGGCUGCCUGACCUUCCAGAAUCCCACGCAUAUCAACAAUGGAAACUACACCCUGGAGGCCAGCAACUCACUUGGGACUGUCACUAAGACGGUGUACGGACAUUUCCUCAUGGCGCCCGGGAUUGAUGACGAAGAUGUAGUGGAGCUGGCCCCCUCUGCGCCAACAGACUCUGAUUCAGGCCGCCCAGACGAAGACACGUUCGGGGUCUCUAUCGCUGUGGGCCUGGCAGGCUUCGCCUGUGUCCUUCUCCUCGUCCUUUUCGUGCUCAUCAACAAAUAUGGACGGCGCUCCAAAUUUGGCAUGAAAGGUCCAGUGGCUGUGAUCAGUGGCGAAGAAGACUCGGCCAGCCCUCUUCACCACGUCAACCACGGGAUUAUAACACCGUGCACGCUUGAUGCGGGACCGGACGCCGUCGUCAUCGGGAUGACUCGCAUUCCGGUGGUGGAGAACCCGCAGUAUUUCCGACACGGGCACAACUGCAACAAGCCUGCCACUCUGGUGCAGCAUAUUAAGCGCAGAGACAUCAUCCUUAAGCGAGAGCUUGGCGAAGGAGCCUUUGGAAAAGUCUUUCUGGCUGAGUGUUACAACCUGAGUCCCACCAAGGACAAGAUGCUGGUUGCUGUUAAGACUCUGAAGGAUCCCAACCUAUCCGCGAGGAAGGACUUCCAGAGGGAGGCUGAGCUGCUAACCAACCUGCAGCAUGACCACAUCGUCAAGUUCUAUGGCGUGUGCGUUGAUGGCGACCCUCUCAUCAUGGUCUUUGAGUACAUGAAGCAUGGAGACCUCAACAAGUUCCUCAGAGCCCACGGCCCAGAUGCCAUGAUCCUCGUAGAUGGUCAGCCGUUACAGUCCAACGGCGAGCUGGGCCUCUCCCAGAUGCUGCACAUCGCCUCUCAAAUUGCGUCGGGCAUGGUCUACCUGGCCUCGCAGCACUUCGUCCACAGGGACCUGGCCACCCGCAACUGCCUCGUAGGCAAUGGCCUCUUAGUCAAGAUCGGCGACUUCGGCAUGUCGAGGGACAUCUACAGCAGCGACUACUACAGGGUCGGAGGACACACCAUGCUACCCAUCCGUUGGAUGCCCCCCGAAAGCAUCAUGUACAGGAAGUUCUCCACGGAAAGUGACGUGUGGAGUUUCGGCGUCAUUUUGUGGGAGAUCUUCACCUAUGGCAAACAGCCUUGGUUUCAGCUCGGUAACAAUGAGGUCAUUGACUGCAUCACGCAGGGCCGCGUGCUGGACCGGCCCCGCGUUUGCCCCAAGGAGGUAUACGAUAUCAUGCUAGGCUGCUGGCAGCGAGAACCGCAACAGCGACUCAACAUCAAGGACAUCCAAAAGGUCCUGUUCGCCAUGGGGAAGGCCACGCCCGUCUACCUAGACAUCCUGGGCUAGAGACCGAUCCAGUGCGGGAAUAGCCAAACAAAGCCCCCUGCGCCACUGUCAAGGAAAACCACCUACAAUGUUUGGGAAGGACUUAAGUGCCUGCAACACUUUUGGAUAUAGUGGAUAUAACAUAAAAAUCACAAAAACAACAACAAAAAAUACGCACUUUUACAUUUUGUUUACUUGCUGUACAGGUUUGAAGACGUUUCCUUUUCCCUCGAAAAAAAAAAAAAAAACACACAAAUAUUGAGAUUGAUGACAAAAAAAAGGGCCACAGUUUGAUAAGACGAGUUAGAAUCCACCUUGGCAUUUGGUUUUAUGAAUAUAUCUAGAAAUGUUACAUAUAUUUUGUAUUUAUUUCUUUUUUUUUUUUUGUCGAGGUCCUGACAGGGCACGGCUCGCCUUGCCCGAGACGCCGCCGACCAAAACUGUCUAUACUUUUAAAAAGGAUGGAAGCCUUACUUUGCACUCUGAUUGGCUGGAAUGUGAUGCAGAUAACAUGCAGUGACGGGAGAAGGAAAGGACCAAUCAGACAAACAGACAAAUCUAUUUUAAUUUAAAAAGGAAAAAACAAAAAGAGAAUGUACAUAUUGUAAAGUUCUACGUGUCAAAAGUUAUGUUAACUUAUUUUUUGCCAACUUUUCUUUUCCGUUCCUUUUUCUGACUGUGACCCGAGUGGAAAACAGAGAGACGAUCGGUGGCCGUAAAACCCACGAAGAAGACUUUGGCGUAACGCCUCCCUCUGUUCCACUCGCUAGGAAUACAGCGUUCCUACGGCCCAUCCGUUCACACACACAAAUGUCAUUUUAAGACGGGAAAAACAACUUUUUUUUUAAGCCAACUUAGCUAUUUUUGGUUGCAGAUGUUUUCCCCCCUUCCAAGGAAACUCACAGAAGAAACUUUAGACUUUAAUAAUUCAAGGUUUUCUUUCUUUGCAUAUGUGCUUUCUUGCCUGGAGUUAGCUGAGAAGCUCGCUAUCAUGUUCAAGAAGAAAACCACCACUGUCAAGAAACGGGCUCAAUAUGACUCGGAACCAGGCUGAAGCAUGAACACAGUGUAUUUAUGCAAAUAGGGGUGUUGAGGAGCGGAGAUAAUCUCGAAACAUCCAAACCAGUGGUAGGAUCGAGCCCCAGGGAUUCGGUGAAUAAAGGGCAGUUUACAUUGUGACUCUCCCAUAUCUGUCAACCCGAGGCCAUUGGUAAUCGUACAAAUAGUGACGUGUGCCCUUACAAAUUGGUGACUACCGGUAAUCUUGCAACGUUCUAUAUAGGAGCGGGAACCUCUUGGUACCUUACGAUACGAUACGAUUUGCGAUACAAAGCUCACGAUAACGAUGAUCUGACGAUACGGCGAUACAACGAUUAUCAGUACAUUGGUCGGAAAAUCAUUCCAGGAUAUUCUACAAACAACGGAUAAACAGAAAAAACAAGCUUCUGCUGUGAAUUGGAUUGAUUUUAUCACUAGUAGACGUCCAAUC